GGUGUCUUUCCCCAAAUAUGGAGCCUGUGUGGAGUGAGUGGGGCGGCCGGGGGUGGGGAGCCGAGCAGACUUGCAUGGGCAGGGAGGGGCGCCAGCGGGCCGGCAGAGAGGUGACAUCACUGCCUCGGCGCCCUUUAAACCCCUCACCCAGCCGGCGCCCCAGCCUGUCUGCCACAGCCCAGACACCGACGCUACUCUCCUUCCAGCCCACAAACGACCAAGCCUUCUCUGCCUCAACAUGGCCAACAAGGGUCCAUCCUAUGGCAUGAGCCGUGAAGUGCAGUCCAAAAUUGAGAAGAAGUAUGACGAGGAGCUGGAGGAGCGACUAGUGGAGUGGAUUGUAAUGCAGUGUGGCCCUGAUGUAGGCCGCCCAGAUCGUGGGCGCCUGGGUUUCCAGGUGUGGCUGAAGAAUGGCGUGAUUCUGAGCAAGUUGGUGAACAGCCUGUAUCCUGAGGGCUCCAAGCCGGUGAAGGUGCCUGAGAACCCACCCUCCAUGGUGUUCAAGCAGAUGGAACAGGUGGCUCAAUUCUUGAAGGCAGCUGAGGAUUAUGGAGUCACCAAGACUGACAUGUUCCAGACUGUUGACCUCUUUGAAGGCAAGGACAUGGCAGCAGUGCAGAGGACUCUAAUGGCUUUGGGCAGCUUGGCUGUGACCAAGAACGAUGGACACUACCGUGGAGAUCCCAACUGGUUUAUGAAGAAAGCCCAGGAGCAUAAGAGGGAGUUCACAGAAAGCCAACUGCAGGAGGGGAAGCACGUCAUUGGCCUUCAAAUGGGCAGCAACAGAGGGGCCUCACAGGCUGGCAUGACAGGCUACGGGCGACCCCGGCAGAUCAUCAGUUAGAAAGGGAAGGCCAGGCCUGAGUUGCAGCAUCCUGCUUACCUGCCUCCCCCACGCCUAUGUAGGUUCUUAGCCCUGACAGCUUUGAGGUGCCACUGGGCAAAGAUGACUGCACAUGGGCAGCUCACACCUAUCCUCAGCCUCAGCCCAGCUUCUUACCCCAGAGCCACCACUACCCUGGCCCCUGUUCCCAGCUGUACCCCCACCUCCACUGUUACUCCCAUCCUGGAGUAAGCAGGGAGAAGUGGGCUGGGGUAGCCUGGCUGUAGGCCAGUCCACUGUCCUUGGUAGCAAAUAUCCUUUGAAGGAGACCCAGCCCAGCCUCUAUAUCUUUUCCUGGAAUAUUUUUUGGGUUGAAAUUCAAAAAGGAAAAAAAAAAUAUAUAAAUAUAAAUAUAUAUACAUAUAUAUCCAUCUUUUCUCA